AUCCACUUCCUAAAAUCAGCAGGAGCAGGGUCUGAGUAAGGUAGUUUUUUUUACAGCUACAGAUUUGCUACUUGGGUGCCAGCAUGGAGCAGAUCUCUGCAGAUCAGAAUCUUUCAAAAAAAUCAUGAACUUCUAAGCCACAUUUCAAAGGCUAGAUAAGAACCACAGAAACAUCCUGGGAAGUCAUGCUGGGGAAAAAGCUGGUGGCCGCACGGAAACAAGGGGAGACCAGAGCCCUAUGCCUAGGUUUGGGAAUGAUGGCCUGCUCAGCAAUGAUGUAUCUCUUUAUUGGUAUCGUCCUGGUGCCUUUACACAAAAGAAGUGUCUGGGAUGAAGAAAGUGAAUGCAACCUGGUGAGAGCUAACAUCAAAGAGAAAGUCCAUUGUUCAUUCAAUGAAGGCUCUGGUGAUAAAGAUACUUUUCACUAUCCUUGUCUGGAAGUCUACGUGAAUUUAACCAAUUUAGGGCAAAUGGUAAUGCUCUACCACACAGAGGACACCGUGCACAGAAAUCGCAAGUGCUCCUAUAUUCCCCCUGAUAUGGAGAAUUAUACAGAAGUUCAGCAGCAAGUAGAAAACGUAAGAGACAAUUUCAGAAAGCAUCAGACAUUCCUUUGUCAUUAUGACCCAUCAGGAAAAGAAAAAAGCGUCCUUUUAAAGAGAUUAUAUCCCCCAGAAGGCCUUCUCGUUGCUUUUGCCUGGCCAAGCCUGCUGUUGAUUGGUGGGAUCUUGAUAGUCAUCAUGGUAAAACUGACUCAGUAUCUUGCUGUAAUCUCUGCUACACAACGCAGAGCACGCAUAUAGUUUGUUCUAGCUUAGGCCUGGACUUCGUAUUCACUUUUGUAUUUGAGGCAAGUUACGAGUAACUUCUCAGCUUUACGCUAUGGAUAAACAAAACCGUAAUGGAGACCAGAAAAAUAUAGAUAUGGUUUGCUGAUGGGAAACAUUCAAAUGAUACUUCUUUGAAUUCAUUACAUUUUUUUUUCACAUUUAGAUAUAUUAUUUAAAUUUGAGAAAAUACCUUUUGUUAAUGUUUCUAGUUCAUAACUUCUAGCAUUAAGUUAUGUCAGAUAUGUGGUGAGACACUUGAUUUAAUUUUCACCAACAUGAUCACCGAAUGUGUACAUGCUGUUGGAUUAUUUUAUGGAUUUAUUAAAAUCAGCAGUAAAUGCAGGGAUAGGUACACGGGCUUAAGCCUGUUGUAUUCUGUGGAAGCUAAAAAAAGAGUAAUGUCUCUGAGCUAAGCUUGACUCCUGGUGACUUCAUGGACACAUCAAUGUAGCUCUUUAAGCAGCAAUAUAGAAAUGGUUUGCCAUUGCCUUCUUCCAGCUCUAAAGGCUCGAUUUCUGCACUUAAUUUCUCAUGAAAGCUACAAAAGGCUACAAAAAAUGCAUGAGGAGAUGUAUGCACUAUCACAAGGCAAACUUGCACUGGGGAGGUUCCUGUUAGAGGAGAAUGGCCACCAUUGACUUGUAACCCAAUCCCCUUCUGCCGCUAACAAGGGAGCCUAGAAGCGCCAUUUGCUUAAAUCUGAGAGAGACAUAGCUCCCCCUCUUUUUGAGGUUAAAUAACAGGAGGAGGAUUUGGUAGUGGCUUUUGUUUUUUGAAUCUUCCCAGGGAAAGAGCAGCUUGGCUCUGGGAUGAAGAAAGGAAGUAGGAACCUAAACCUACUCCAGGACUGUAAAAUGUAAAUUUUCCAGGACUCAGGAAAGAAUCAGUCACACACAGGCUUCUGGGGCAGUAAGUGAUCAGAAACCAGUUUUUAAAUUUAAACUUAGAUGUGCUCAAAGAUGUUUUUUCCUGAGGUUCAGAUCCACUUUAGAUGACACUUUCCACUGUUCUUUUGACUAGUCUUACUCUUUGCAUUCAGUCCUUUUCUUCUAAGCCCAACACCCAUUCAUGUUUUUCCUGUUGUAUUCUGACUUCUAAUAAAGUAUAUAUUCUUU